UCAAAACUAAACGCUCACAAUUUGAUGCGGUUUGAGAAGUUUUUGUUUCUCCAGGUAAAAUUCAACAUUCAUCAUUAAAUCGGGUUAAAAGGCGUCAAAAACAUCUAUAGUUCUCUUCCGUGUGUGCUCAGGCACUAAUUUUUUGCCAAAAUGACGAUCGGCAAAAAUAAUAAAAUGAUUCAGCUCCUGAACUACAGGGUGCGAAUCGUUUUGCAAGACUCACGUACUUUCAUCGGAACAUUCAAGGCCUUCGACAAACACAUGAACCUCAUCCUGGGAGAUUGCGAAGAGUUCAGAAAGAUCAAACCGAAAAAUACCAAACUGCCAGAGCGAGAGGAAAAGCGUGUCCUGGGUUUCGUGUUGUUACGUGGCGGGAACAUUGUGUCGCUGACCAUUGAAGGUCCCCCGCCACCGGAAGAGGGUCUUCCGCGAGUACCGAUUCCGGGUGGUGCCGGUGGUCCAGGCAUGGGACGUGUGACGGGUCGAGGCAUGCCCGCCAACAUUGCCGGUGUUCCGGCUGGGCUGCAGGGACCGGUACGCGGUGUUGGUGGUCCUUCGCAGCAGCAUAUGGCACCGGUCGGUCGGGGUCAGCAAGUGUCCGCCCCACCACAGAUGCGUCCAAUGAUUCCGGGAGGUCCUCCGCCAGGUAUGAUGCCAGGCGCUGGUCUCAAUCCAAUGGCAGGGAUGGGCCGGGGAGCUCCACCACCGAUGCGAGGUCCGCCACCCGGUAUGAUGCGCGGUGGUCCUCCGCCUAGACCAUACUAAGCGCUUCAUUGCCCGCAUACAAAAACUAGAAUUUAGCGUCUUUCCCAACAUUACAAACAAAAUUGCGGAACCUCUGAUUAUCCUCAAAAAUGUAACUCUUCUACAUUGUGUAUUGAUGUAAGGAAUAAAGCGAAUACAUUUCUUAAGCGAAAAUAUUUACUUCACAGUUUU